UGCUUCGUUUCAUUGUCGAUUCCAACAUUCAGGCUUCUUCUCAUACUGUCAUUCUCCUCAAUGGCUAACCUUGCGUCUAAGCUUCAGCCAUGGUGGCUGUUGCUUGUAAUUCCCUUCUUGUUUGUCUCCAACACUUAUCAUUGUGUCAAUGCAGAACCACAAGUGCCUUGCUACUUUAUCUUCGGGGACUCAUUGUCGGAUAAUGGAAACAAUAACAACCUUGCGACGGAGGCCAAAGUAAAUUAUUGGCCUUACGGUAUCGAUUUCCCUAAAGGACCCACUGGAAGGUUUACUAAUGGUCGAACCAUGCAGGAUAUCAUUGUUCAACUACUGGGUUUCCAAGAAUUUAUUCCUCCUUUUGCCACUUCAAGAGGCCAAGAGAUUCUCAAAGGUGUUAAUUAUGCAUCUGGUUCGGCUGGAAUUCUCAAUGAAAGUGGCCAACAUCUGGGUGUUCGAAUAAGCAUGGACAUGCAGUUAAGCAACCACCAAAGUGUUAUCUCAACAAUAGUUGAGAUGUUGGGAAAAUGUGCAGCAUCAAAGCUUUUAGGCAAAUGCAUGUAUGCGGUUCAAAUAGGCAGCAAUGACUACAUUAACAACUAUUUCAAGCCAGAGAUGUACAACAGCAGCCACCUAUUCACUCCACAGCAAUAUGCUGCUUAUCUCAUCGAACAAUAUUCAUUGAAAAUAAAGACUUUGUACAAUAACGGCGCAAGGAUGUUUGCACUGUUCGGACUUGGUGCCAUAGGGUGUACUCCAAAUGCAAUGGCGGUGCAUGGAACAAAUGGUUCUGCCUGCGUAGAAAAAAUGAACACUGCAGCUCAACUUUUCAAUGAGAGGCUUAUACCGCUUGUUGAUGAACUGAAUAGCAACUCCACCGACGCUAAAUUUACGUAUCUAAAUCCUACGGGAGCAAGCGCAGCAAACUCCCUUGGUUUUACAGUGGCAAAUGCUAGCUGCUGUGACAUAGGGAGUGGUGGAGAUCUUUGUAUCCCAGGUUCGGAGCCAUGCGGUGACCGAAGUCAGUACGUGUUUUGGGAUGCGGUUCAUACUUCGGAUGCAUGGAAUGAGGUCAUUGCAGUUGAGGCUUACGAUUCUGAAUCCAAUGCCAUAGCUUAUCCCUUUAAUGUUAAGAAAAUGGCACAACUGCCAAACAACAACGAUGCCGAUGGUGAUAUUUGUGAAAUGGGUGAAAAUUCUGGUGUUACUGUGUAAUCCGAUUCACUCGAAGCUGUUAGUUUGAAUCGUUGUAAUAUGUUUACUCCCUCGUUUUAAAAUUAAUGAAGGAACUGUUUAGUUCAGGCA